AUGCGCGCGACCAACCUACACCUCACCCUACCUGUCAACGGCUCGGAGCCCGGCCCUUGUACCCCAGUGUUCGAAGUGGACAACCUCACUCUCCCCAUCCAGAACGGCGGUGGCAGCAGCAACCGGACUACUCGAGUGACGCGCAGCUCGGCGCCCACGCGUGCCCCCCGUCACUUGCCUGGUACACCGGACGUAGCCUCCCUUGCAAUCGCCGCACUCACGCCCUCGCCGUCCCCCGGCACACCGGUGACUGGCAAGAGGACACGCGAGGACGAGUGGGUGCCGGAAGAGGUCGAGGUCCUUGAAGGCUUCCUGUCACGCCCACUGCGUCAACACCUCUUCCCCCCAGGCUCGAUGCCACCUCCACACAUCCUCGACCAACUCGCGACUGCGGUGCUAGGAAGCUACCGAGGCGAUGACACCAGUGCUAGCACCGACGGAUAUGACGCGAGCGCCGAGCCAUCCCCAGCCCCAUCCGAAGGUGGAUCGAGGGCCACGUCGCCAUUACCACCCACCAGCGACUGGCCUCACAGCUGGGAGGAGACGCGACGCAUGCUCGGCGCCCUGGCCCUCGCAGAGACGCGUCUUGGCGCCGAGGUCGCCGACCGCAAGCUGACCCGCGCCGAGCGCUUGGCCAAGCCCGGUAUCAAACGUGUUGGCAGCAUGGACUUUCUCGAGGACGAGGAUGACGCUCCACCAGCCGAGAAGAUGGGGCGUGUGAUGCGGCUGUCGGCACGCUUGCAAAGCUCAGCCGCGCACGAAAAAGUAAAGCUGCAGCGAGCCGCGUCCAUGACCGAGCCUGCUGUCUGCGUUCGGCCGUUCGCCCUCACCAUCACCCCUUCGUCGCCCGAGGCGCCCAAGCUCCCGUCCACCAUGAAGCGAGGAAACAGUGCCAUUCGCCUGGAGCGUCGCCCGUCUCUCCUUGCGCGAGGACGUAGCUUCACCGCCUCGGACCUGGAGGCUGAGGCUGAGGAGGCUUGCAGAAAGGCUGCGAGCGCCCCCGUUUCCAACUUUCCCAGCUCGCUUGCCCUCGACGAGGCUCCCAUGACACCGACCGGCUCGGACACGGACAUGGACGACGACGACUCGACUCCCAAGCUGUCUCCUCGCCGGCGUGCAUCGGCGCCCGAGAACCCGUCUCCGCGUCUACUCCGCUCGCACUCAUACUCGGCGACGUCACGACGCGAACGCGACCGACGCCAGCGCGAGUACCCUCUAACGCGCCCUGCACCCGAGCACGACCCGCAGUCGCAGUCGCUGGCCGGCCCGACACUGGCUGGGGCAUUCGACCCCACAGUGCCACCGCAGCCCACCCGGCUAGGCGGCGGCUGGGACAGCGACAGCGACCGCAGCGACCGUGAGGGCACCAUCUCCGUCAAGCGGCGCGUGAGGCCCUGCCUGGCCAUGACUGCCAUGGCCGGCGCUGCCAGGCGUAGCAGUGGCAGCGGCAGCAGCGGCCUGGGAACAGGUGCAAUGACUCCCACUCUCGAGCCACUAGCGCUGGAGGAACGUCCGGGCCUGGCUAGCCCCUUUGAAGAUCGACCCAACCCAUUCAACUAA